UACGACAGAGAGCACACGAGCUACGGGUAUCUCCAAAGUAAGAAUACCCGAGUCUGCGAUCUCCGACAGCUCCCAUACCGGUCGACAAAAUUUAAAAUCACCAAAGACCUUGAAAAGAUGAGCUGCCGUCAAAACACUGAUAUGGAUCUGUUCUUCUCCUCUAUCGACGAGGCGACGAAGACGUGGCUCGAUUCCCUGCAUCGAAUGUGGGCACUAUGGAAAAAAUGCGACGGUGUCAGCAAAACGUUGACCGAUUACUUUGAGACGGCUCCAAAUCCGUAUCUCAGUGCACUGAGAAUUCUUGUCAACGUCUCCGAUUUUGAUCACAUGACAAACAGCAAAUCACUUGCAUUUACAGUGACAGAAGAGUUUGCCAGUUGGAUAGAAGAGAGGAAAGAGGCGUACGCGGAAUUCCUUGUUCCCGACUUGAAACUGGCGGUAUUUAAUUUAGUGAGGCAGAAACAUAUGAAACAGAUGCUGCUGAUAAAGAAAAUAUCUGCUAUAUAUGAGUUUGUGGAGCACAAAGACAUAUUCCUGCAAACGAUAAAAGACAUGAUACGGGACAAAGAGUAUAAAGAAGCUGCACAGUACGCGGCCAUGUUACAAUUGCAAAGUCAUUUUAUAGAUCCAACAAUAUUGUUACUACCUCUCAUACUGCAGAAUAAGUUGCAAAUAGUUGACGAAUUUUUGAUGGGGUGUCCCGAAGUUCAAGAGGCGUUGACAACUUAUUUGGACAACCUAAUAGCACCAGGGAAAAAUGUGCAGAUUGUUUUGGAACAAUUUAUUUAUACGAAUGAUAUACCAGACGUUAAGAUAUCAUUGACGCAAGUUCGUCCGAUAACCAAGCUUAUUGCGCGUCUAAUAAAGCAAUAUAACUUAUCGCCCGACGUAUGUCCCCACUUAAAUACGAAACGAAACGAAGGAGCGCUGCAAUUCCUUAUACAUAAGCGUUAUGUGGACGGUAGCUUAAAUAACGCCAGUUGGCGAGAAAUGGUAAAAGAGGCAGUAGGAGACGACGCAAAGUUACAAACGGAGCUGCUCACCAUGUUGGUCAAUGCUAAUGAUGCUGAAGAAGGUUUAUACUGGGCGAGAGAAUACGAAAUACCUAAAGAUGAAUGGCCGUGGGCUGUCGUGCAUCGAGAAGAACAAAAUGCACAAAUGGUAAACGAAGGCGCUUCCACGAGUAGGGGAAAAGCCUGGGCACCAAAUGAAGAAAAUAUUAAUUAUCAUGUUUUAAAAUUGCCAAGGGAGGGCAUAAAAUUAGUAGACGACGGACGGUUAUUUGAAGAGUUUCUUGAUAACGGAUUAAGAGAUGUCAAUAUGGUUGGACUUGACUUGGAGUGGAAACCUAGCUUUGGAACUAAACAACCUGAAUUAGCACUCAUGCAAGUAGCUACUGAGAAUAAUGUCUACAUUCUGGAUGUGACUACUAUUGGCAAUAAAUUACCUGAACUCUGGAGUGAGCUUGGCCUCAUAUUAUUUGGAAAUAAAGACAUUGUUAAGAUUGGAUUUGGAGUAGCACAAGACAUGACUGUAAUACGCAAUAGUUUACCAGCUUUGUCAUCCAUUAAAACCCAUGGCCAAGGAUACCUAGACUUGAUGCUUUUAUGGAGAAAAUUAACAGAAGAGUACAACUUUAUUUUCCCGUACAAAGGUGAUCCAAAUUUUACGAACAAAAGCCUGAGUAAACUUGUGGAAUUGUGUUUUGGACAGAGACUCGAUAAGUCUGAUCAAUUUUCGAAUUGGGAGCUGAGACCUUUGCGGGAAAGCCAAUUAAUAUAUGCUGCUCUGGAUGCACAUUGUUUGCUGGAGAUAUACAAUGUACUAGCAGAUUAUUCAGCAGAUAUGGACAUACCAUUUGAGGAUAUCUGUGCUGAAGUACAGCAUAUUCCGCACGUACAUACAAAGACGAAUGUGAAUAAGUCUGUAAAUAAGAAAUAUGUGUAUCCAACGAUGCCUAAUAAAGAUAAUGAGAAUUAUCGUACGAAUGCAGGAGCUUCACCGAAGUAUGGGACAGCACACAAACCCAUGCCUAAACAUGGAUAUCAAACUAAACAGAAUAAUCAGGGUAGAUUUGCACCUCGUGAACCAGCUAACGAUAGUCGACAUAACAAUCAGAAAAGAUAUGAUAAUCAUGAUAGAAGUUUUGCGAAUAUUGGAGUAAUCCGAGUAGUUAAUGAUGAGAGACACGAUGGCCAAAGAAGAUACGACGAGAAUUACGAUAAUCAUAAUCGUGCAGAUAGAACAGCGAAUAUUGGAGUAAUUCGAGUAGUUGGCGAUGGAAGACACAAUGACCAGAGAAGACACGAUAAUCAUAAUCAGAAUAGAUACGCAAAUGCUAGAAUGAAUCAAACGCCAAAUGAUGGCAGAUACGACCAGAGGAGAUACGAUAAUUCCGAGAAUUAUAAUAGGCAUGAUGCCCAGAGUAGACGUGGCAAUCAAGCUAGACGCGACAAUUACAAUUGGUAUGAUAAACAGAGUAAAUGGGAGGAUGUUCCGAGUAGACGAGGUACCCAAAGUUGGCAGAAUAACGCGAGUAAACCCGAACCUGUACAACGAUGCAAUUUGGAUCCAACUCCUGCGCAUGCAUGGCGCGUUGUGUGCGACUCAAUGUUGGGUGGUUUAAGUAGCAAGUUGCGCAUGUGUGGCAUAGAUUGCAUACACGUGUUAUUUGAUCAAGGAGGAGACGAUUCUGCCAGACUAGCGAUGCGCGAGAACAGAAUUCUGCUAACGCGUAAUAAAAGUUACGAAAGAUUCAAGCAGUAUCUACCGUUGGAGAAUUGCUAUAGGAUAAUUGCCGACACGCCCGAUAACCAAUUGCGUGAGGUUUUACAUCACUUUGGUGUUGUGGUAACGCAGAACGAUAUUUUCAGCCGAUGCCAAAUAUGUAACUGCGAUGAAUUCGUGAAAGUUCCGAAGAAACUGAUGGAUGAUCUUGUGCAAAGCUUUGUAAAAAUUAUAAGGAAAAAUAAUUACCGAGUACUGCCUAAUCGAGCCGACAACACGGUGGAGGUCAAUGCUGAUGACUCCGAUUCAAACGAUGAUUUCGAAGUUGUUCGGAACCCGAAUAAUUAUUAUACAAACAGUGAACGUCGUACAUGGCGGUUGUCCAUGGAUACUCUUGACGUUGACUCAUGUACAACCAAAUAUCAUAUGCGGAUACAAAUUGAUAAAGUCCCACUGAACGUAUUGAAGAAUGUACAGGUCUUUUAUAUCUGCGAGCAUUGCGGGAAGAUUUAUUGGGACGGUUCACACUUGGAGCGAGCUCUUAAUGGCGUUAUCAAAGAUUUAAUUGUUAAACAAUAAGUAUUAAAUGUGAUAAAAGACGCGUGCUCUUGAAAGGUUUGCAAAGCACAAAAAAAAAUCAAAAUGUCCUUAGUUUGGAAAUGUCGAGUGCAUGCUAAUUGUUCCUACAAUUUAUGAUGCCAAUUACAAAUAUGCAAUAUUAUCGCGCUUAUUUAAGACAUCUGGCCAUAAUACUUGUGGUAUAGACGUAGGUCGUGUCGUUACCGUUCUUCCUUACAUUUUUUAAGUAUAGCAUUAAUAUGUUCUGUUUUGUUUAUCUUAGCUGCGUAUGCUACAUAGUAAUAUUAUACAUUAAUAUAAUCUGAAUUUCAUUCUGAAAAAAGUGGUCACAUCGAUUACAUUGUUGUAUUAUAAUUACGAUGCCAUAGGUCUUUUUUUGAAUGAUGACUAUUGCUAAUAGUCAUUAUUUUAAUAUGAACUGUUAAAUGACCUAAAUAGUUUUUCAGAUUAAAUAGCCUUUUAAUCAUCCUUUGUAAUCUUUAAAUGAUAAAAUAAUUUUCGUUUAUUGUUUUUCAAAAUCAAACAGAUUGAUUAAUAAGAACCAUGUACAAACAUCCUGAGGUACAGCUUCUGUUACACGAUUACAUGCUUGACAUAUAUGUAUUUCUUAUAUAAGAGCGAGAGAGUGCAAGCACUUAAAAAAGUAUGUACUUUGUGCUGCACAUUUAUAUUGCAAUUAUCUCUCUUGAAUCCAUAAAAAAAGCCCAUUAGAGUACAAGAUGUUUGAUUUUCCAUAAAAUAUAUCUUAGUUAUUCAUAUAAAAUAUAUACAUAUAUUUAAAGAGAAAAAUACACGCAUCUAUUUUUUAUUGGAAAAAAAAAUAAUGGGGGGGAAUGCUGAUAAGACAUCUUAGAUUUAACAGUUUUUUAAAUCUGUUAAAAUUUCUAUAUUUUCCACCAUCUAUGUUGUGUAGUAAUACUUUGUUUCUACCUAUAUCGAAAUAAAAAAUAUAACUCUUCA